AUGGCAUCAAAGAUCUUGAACGUUUGUGGGCUGAAGGUGGCCUUGCAGAGCCCAUGGCAGAUCUUCAAAGCUGGACUUGGAUGGAGUGCCGGUUUCGUGGGGUGCCUUGUGACUUUGCAGACGGUCACGCUCCAGAUGGUUGAGAAGUCAGCGGUGCACGAAGUCAUGAUUUGGCUGAUCAUCUUUAGUCCCUGCGUGCUCGCGAUCAUGGGUCCUUGCUGGCUCAUGCAAAUAACCUGCCAGAAGCAACUUGCCGACCUUUUCUUGCGGCGUGGAGUAAUGCUUCUACAUCCAACUUCUCCCUCAGUGAACAUCUGGUUGAUGACCACCUUAUCCACCUAUGGCUGUGCAGCGAUACUCAGUGUUUCGUAUACCGGCAGGGAAGCAGUCUUGGUGGUUAUCGUGGCGCUGUUGGGCCCUUCAUGGGCAUUAGUAAAGGCCCUGUCAGUGGCACGAGAAACCGCUGAACAGAUGAGCUAUCUGCAGUGUCGCAAGGUGAAGCUAGGAAGCCUGAGCUCAGAACUGCCAAAGCUGAGGGAGCUUGCGUGGCAUGAGUUCCUCAUCUGUGCUCGCAAAGAGGAUUUUGAGUUCAUGACAUCACCUCAGCCAGAGCGGGCCAGUGAUUUCAGUCAUUGGGACUUGCUUUGGCAUCGAAGGUGCUUGUGGCAACUCGGAGGAUCAAUCUCGGGUUUCCUUAUCUUACCCUGCUUCGCUGCUAUGAUGAGCAGCUUCAUUGUGAUCUCCUUCGUUCACGGUACUCGUUAUGCAUGCUCUGUGGGUUGCAUUUCCAAUUUGGAACUCGCUUCAAAGUUGCACAUGCUCAACUUUACGGCACAUCAAAGCAAGUACAUGGUUCACGUGGACAUGUCCUUCAAGGAGAUGGCUAUACUUGCCGCAGCUGACGUGCCCUGGACACGCUGGAUCUCCCUCCAACAGCCGGAGACAGAAGAAGGCAGCGAGACACCCUACGAGCAGGAGCUGAAAGAGGACAAGAGCUUUGGAAUCGAACAGAUUCUGCUCUCCAAGGCUUUGAUCCCUCGAGUCAGCUCGGUGAAGGUGCAGGGCCUCAGGUCAUCUUUGUCUCCAGCUGAGUAUUUGGUACGCUUCGCUCCCAUGCAGACUUUGCCCUCAGCAGUGACCAUUAGAAGUGGCAACUACACAGCUUCUGUGCCUUGGUCUAUGUUGCCUGGCAGCAUUGUCAGCGUGCCAGCAGGUGCUGACAUGCUGAAGCUGGAAAUCUUUCUCUUGGACUUCUAUUUGGACCUGCCUGCAAAGGUGGAUCUCUCACCACCUCCAGAAAUUCAGCAGUGGACAGCCUUUAAGGCCAGUUCCAACGCAAGUGACGCAUUUUGCGGUGAAUUUUGCAGGGCUCACCCAAACUGCUUGGCCGCAUUCCUUGGCCACAGGGGUUGCUUCUACGCAUUUCACCAGGCACAAGCUCCCCAGUCGCUGAUGUUAGCGCAAGGAAGAAUGGUGAGUGGAGUCCUGGAAGGAUGCCGCUUAUCUGAGACGUCAAACUGCAAUGAAGUCUUGGCCGAGGAGAAUGUUCUUCAGUUUGACAACCUGGUUGCAGACUGGCAGAGUUCUACCGCGCAGCUCAAAUUAAACCUCAUCCUGGAAGUUGGAGGCCAACGCUUCAUAUCAGACUCAGGAAGUUUGUCUCUGCGCCAGGGUGCUCCUAUCGUGUCCGAUUCCUUUGCAUUGCUUCUGCAUGGAGCUGUCAUCUUGAACGCCUCCGUCACCGUCAACUCCGGCGAUGUUGUCAUAUUGGUCGACGAAUAUGACCCCGUUGACAUGGGCACCUUGAACUUAGUGGUGCUUCCAAUGUUGCCGGACAUGGCCUUCAAGGUUCAGUGGACAUCUGAACACACGGAGGCCGACAAGGAAUCCUUGCAGCUUUUCCGUCGUCACGGCCCAUGUGCUGCAAGUGCAAUGGCUUUUCAUCGCUAUACUCUUUGCAGUGUGCAGGGCAUUUUGCCGGAUGUGCCUGUGAGCACCGCCGUGUCACCAUGGCAGGGGAAAAUGAAGCAGCCUCUGGAAUUCACAGCCACUGUACGUGGUGGAGAAAAGAGCCAGGGCCAAGGCUCAUGGCAAGCGCCGCUUCAGAAGGUGGAGCUUCAGUUCCGUGGUGUGGACAGCCCAGCGGCAUGGGCCGCCCAACGCGGCUGCAGCAUUUUGGAUCUUCCACUGGCGAAUAAGAGCGUGGUUGCCUCGGCUGAUGCUUCUUGCCGAUUGCUUGCGGAAUGCCCAAGGCGGCUGUGCAAGCUUGUGGACGAGGAAGGCUUAGGCAAAGGAAGCUUGUUGUUUAAUGGUCGGUGGUGGGCAAAAGGUACAAGUCUGGCUCCACGAUCCAUUGUGAAGAUAAUGGGGUGCCUGCAACAGAGCCCCUGCAACAUGACGUACUCUUGGGAGCAUCGUGGUGAGAAGCUGCACUUGACAGAUCAUGGAGCAGAGGUGCCCAUUUCUACAUUGCUCGAAGAGGCCCAGCGCACAGAACCAGGCUUAAACCUCCUACGCCACAUGCACAUCAUAGCACCGGAUGAGACGAAUUUUCAGGAGAGGUGCGCCAAAGCUUUCUGGGCAAUCCCCACUUUCAGUGUGGCCUUGCUGCAGAUCAUAGCCUCGUGGUAUAAAGACAUGCCAAAGUUGCUGUUACAAGAAAUGAUGCUGGCGCCAAGACUGCCAUUGAUCAAUGCCAGACAACAGCACUUGCUCCAAACCUAUUUCCAGCAUGUGCACGAGCUCGAGAUGAGUAUGAACGAUCCUAAGCAGUUUCGACAGGUGGGCGCUGUUCUGGAUGUGGGGGGCAAUGUCACGCGCCUCCAAGUGAGUUGCGCAGCCUGCGGCUCAUCAGAUCGUCAAGUUCUGCCCCAAGACAUGCAGCACAUCCUGAGGCACAUGCCCCGGCUCGACCUACUGGUUCUGCAAAACAUGAAGCUGUCAGCAGCUUUGCUGGGUACGGCGCUAUCGGCAGCCCCGGCUCUGAACGGUUUAGCACUGGAGUGGCUUGAGCUGGUGCCCAAGACUGCGCAGAUCGGCACGGUCCUUCAACAACUGCCACGACCAGAGCGCCUCCAUGACCUCCACCUCCGUGCCAACGGACUGGACAAGCGGGACACAUGGGUGGCCUCAUUGCCGCAGCAAUUCACCAGAUUGGAUAGGGUGUUGCUCUGGCACAACCAACUCUCUGAUGAUAUCGGACUGGCAUUGGCAAGGAACGUCGCCGCGUACAAUAGGCGGUGGAAGCGUUUCGGUGUUUCCUCCAGCGGCUUCAAUCAGAGCGUCAUAUCACAGAUCGAAGCCGCAUGCGCAUGCGAGUGCGAGUGA